AUGUAUAAUUUAAAAAGAAUUUUUGGAUUUCAAGUUUUGAAUAGAUUUGAUGAGGGAAGUUCUAAGAAAUUAUUAUCCGAAUGUGAUUUCUCUCAAGCACAACAAAUGGCUGAAAUUAUUGAAUACAUGUUCGUGAAAGAUCUCUCUAAACAAUUAUCCAAUCAUAUCAAAGUUAAAAUGGCUACCAUUAAAGAUGUGACAACUAUCGUAAACGAGGUCAAUCAAUGGGUUACAACAACACUAGCCCAAUUCAAUAAUCAAGAAGAAAUAGUCUUAACUCCAAUUGAAAAAAGCUAUUCAUAUUUCUCUGAUAAACCAUACAAAGCCAAUCAAAACAAAAUUACCAAAAAGUCAGAUAAUUACGAGCUUAAUACCAUCAAAUUUAUGCAUAAGGGCUCAUUUUCCAUUGAACAAUUUUUUUCUAAUAAGAUUUUCGAGAAGCAAUGUAUUACAGAGAAGCAGCCUAACCCUCUUUCUAAAAGAUUUUUACACAAAUCUGUGUUUAUUAGAUCCAAAAAUUGUAUUGUAACAUAUGGAGGGUUUGCAAUUGGAAAAGGAAUCACUGACGACAUUAUCAAAUUUGAUUUGGAACAAAAGAAAGCUACUCAAUCAACAAGUAGAAAGGGAAGAAUCUUUCACACCUUUGAUUACCUUCCACACUUGAAUAAGAUGGUAGUUUAUGGAGGAAUUGAAAAAACUGGAUCCAUUUCCUCUGACUUAAUUAGUAUUUCAAUGGACUUUUCUUCGGAUGUCAGAAGUAAUGAGUUUUUACCACCUCUAUGCUGUCACUCUGCAGUUACACUUUUUGACACUCUCUACAUAUUUGGGGGUUUUAAUGGAAGCACCUCAAAAUAUUCCAAUACCAUGUACUCAUUACAUAUUCCAACAUUAAGUAUCAAAUCUUCAGCAUCCAAAUUUUGUCCGAGUGAAAGAAUUGGAUCUGCAAUGACCAUAGUUGGGGAUAAUAUUUUUGUUUUUGGAGGAAUGGAUUCUAAUGGAAAUAUUCUCUCAGAUAUUUACAGAUAUAACAUUUCACAAGAUUUAUUCCAUCCUAUCUUAUCUGAUGAAUAUGCCAUUAAUCCAAAAUUAUGCUUUUCUAAUAUGUUUAUUAUAGGAAAUAAUAUCUACCUAUUUGGAGGUUGGAAUGGUGUAGAAUGGAAUAAUUCUCUUUUUGAAACAAGCAAAGAAGAAUUUAAAUGGAAAAUAGCAAAAGGUUAUACUAAUAGUAUUAGUUCUGAUUUUAAUUCAUAUAAUCCUAUGAGUAGUAUUGUACCUGUAUCAGAGAAAAUAAUUUACUUACUAGGAGGAUUGGACUUACCUUUCCCUUUCAUUUCAAUACUGGACACAUUUGCUACUUUAGCGACUGGAAAAAUUGACUUUACAAUUUCAAAUACAAAGCCAAGUUACAGAAUAUUUCAACACAAACGUCAAACAGAUGAAUUUUUACUCUCACAAACAUACUUGAAUUGGUUUAAGAAGCAAAUUCCAGAAGAGUGUGACGUGACCAUUCUUGUUAACAUCCCAAACCAAGUUGAGCAAGAAUUAUUUUAUGGAUUCAAGUUAGUUCUUGUAAGAUCACCAGUAUUGUCAAGAAAAAUAUUGGAACAAGAAGGCCAUAAUAAGUGGCGUAAUUUGAAGCAUGGCAGCCAUGCUGUUAUCCUCUUGGAUGAUUUCCCAUCAAACGUAGAAAAUUUGAGAAGGUCAUUCAAUUCAGUUUUGGAAUAUUUAUAUUCUGGAUCCUUCUCAACAAAGGAUUUAAAGUCUGAAGAUUAUUCAGACAUUUACAAGGUGGCCUGUUACUUAGAAAUACCACUACUUUACAAAGCUCUUGAUGGAACACUCAAUGUUGAUGAUUCACUGGAAACAAAGAAUCUAUUAUCCACUAUAACCAUUCAACUUGACCAUUUAUUCAGCCCAUGUGAAACCAUUUCGAAUAUUGAAGAUUUCAUGACAACUAUUGAUGAAAAUCCAAUUGCACCUGGAAUGGUGAAAAUCAUUGCCCCUACCUCAUUAGAUAGCUCAACAUAUCAAUCUAUUCUUGUCCACAAGUUUAUUUUGACUCAAAGAUGUAGAUAUUUUAAUGCUGUGUUUGAAAUGAACUUCCUAGAGUCUCAUACUAGAGUUGUUUUAAUUGAGCAGAAUACCUUCAAAGGUCUAUUGUCAAUUUUACAUUUUGUUUACACUGGUAAUAUUGUGGAGCUAGAUCUUUCCAACGCAGUAGAAAUCUUCAUGUCUUCAUUCCAAUUUGAACUGGAAGAACUAAUGGAAGCUUCUAAACUAUUCAUUAGAGAACAUGAAUUUGAUGUAUUUACCACUAUUCGACUAUUAGAGAUUUGUGAAACAGUAAAUGAUAAGAUCAUGCAAGAUUAUUGCAAGUAUAGCAUUGCUAAACGUUACGAAAUAGUUAUGAAACAUGAUCCAUCAGCACUUGAUAAUUUAAGUAAGGUAUCUAGAGUGGAUAUAAAUGAUUUAAGAAAGUCUGUUUUGAAGCACUAG